GGCCUUUGGACUUUGCUCUGUAAUCCAGUCAGCAUUCGAAAGUGCACGUAGGAUUCGUAGUCUCCACUACAAACGGUUUCUUCAUGCCAAAUUAAACACUUGGAGGGAAGACUCACACCAUCCAGGUUGCUAGAUGCCUUGGGAGAUGACCGACUUCAUUUCACAUCCUCUAUGGAUGGUAUGCACGCUCGUAUUGGCCGCGGUGGCGCGAGCGCAGCGCAGAGGCCGGUGGGACCCGCGCGCUUGUCCCGUGCGGCUCACGGGUAAAACUGCUAUUGUCACUGGAGCCAACACAGGGAUAGGAAAGUUCAUUGCCUUGGACUUUGCUUGUCGUGGGGCAAAGGUGAUCCUGGCGUGUAGAAGUGAGGCCCGUGGGAUGGCAGCACUGAGAGAGAUUCGACAGCUCAGUGGCAAUCAGAACGUGCACCUGCGAAUCAUCGACACCUCCUCCCUCGAAUCGGUCCGCAAGUUUGCUGCUCAGAUCCUUGAGGAGGAGAAACAGCUUCAUAUACUAGUCAAUAACGCUGGGGCUUCAGGUCUACCCAAAGGAAUCACCGCUGAUGGACUGGAAGUGUCCUUCGCCACCAACCACAUCGGGCCUUUCCUGCUCACCAAUCUGCUUCUAGAUCUCUUGAAGAAAUCGGCUCCAGCUCGCAUCGUGAAUGUCUCCUCAGCUAAUCACAAGAGAGGCAAGGUGGACUUCUCGCAUUUCCAUGGCGAGAAUUUGACAUACAGGAUGGACACCGUGUACAACCACACAAAGCUCCAUAAUGUUAUCUGGACCAAUGCGCUGGCACUCAAGCUACAGGGAACAGGUGUGACGGCAAACUCGCUACACCCAGGUAUUGUUAUGACGGAAGUUAUGAGACACUAUAACUGGAUUUUUCGAUUAAUCUUCAACAUAGUGGGAAUGUUCUUCUUCAAGUCUGCUGAAGAAGGUGCAGUCAGCUCAAUAUACUGUGCAGUGGCGGAGGAGACAGAGGGGAUCUCUGGAAAAUAUUUUGAUAGUGACUGCUCUCUCGUCCUUCCGGCCCCAGAGGCUCGAGACCCAGCCAUCGGAGCGAAAGAAUUUGAGUACUGUGAGAGACUGACAGCUAAGCUCUGAACACCUGGCUAUACAUUACACCUAGUUCCAUAUCAAUAUUACACAGUAUAGUAUUAUAACUUUGUACUUUGUAAAUACACAAAAGAAAUUACCUUCCAUUUUAUAUGAAUUGUAUUUCCUUUUAAUUUCUUGUUUAACGCCAAAGACUUGUGAACUAAUUGCAAAUAAAUUACAACCAGAGUCUUAUCCUUGGAA